AUGUUGCACCAGAUGUUGGAGCGUCAGAGGAAGAUUGUCGACUACGGCGAAUACUAUGCCGUCGUUGACAUAGCAUUCUUCGGCGCACAUGACGUUUUCGUGGUCAAUCCGCUGGAAGAUGCACAGAAUCUUGUUUCUGAUCUCUGGGGGGUGCCUCCGGAUAGCCUUCGUCUUAUACGGGCGAGUUCGACGUUGCACAAACACGACAGUGCCAGCCAGCUCGCAGCUAAAAAGCUGUUGGAAUGUAUCGAAUGCUCGAACUACUACCAGUGGCUCAGCAGACCUUUUUGCUUUCACAACCUGAGGAAGGCCGAGCUGCUUCGGUCGGCCGGUUACAACUUUUCUUGCCUUACGGUCAGACUCCAUCUUUCUCUUAAGUCUCAAUCUGAGCUCGUUCCUAUUGCUCUCUUGAUUGGCUGGGCGAUAACGGGAACUUUUUCCCAAGCAACAUGCUUAGCUGACAUAGGUGGGUCAUGUUGUUGCGGCGACCAAGCUUUCCGAAAAAUUGUUCAACAAGCUAGACCGGACCAUCAGCCCCACCAUUUAAUGUCCGUCGACCAAACUACAAUUGUAACCUGA